GUUGAUUUGAGGGGCGGAUUGGCCCUGCGUGGGUGGGGAAUAAUUUCUUUCAUUUGGGCCGAACCCGGGCGCGCUCUCCCAGCGGGAUGUUGGGGACCACCCCCCCAUUUCCCGUCCCCCCUGACGCAUCCCCAACCCCUCCCAGUUUACCACUGGGUGGAGAUGCGAACCAAGAUGCGCCUGCUGGGAUUCCGGGGGGCGGCCGUGAAGCCCCUGAACGAGGAGGCGGCGGCCGAGCUGGGGGCGGAGCUGCUGGGGGAGGCGCUGGUCUUCGGGGUCGGGGGGCUCUGCCUCUACCUGGAGUACCUGAGGCAGGCGGGGCAGAGCCGGCGCCGCGAGGAGCACCUGGAGCAGACCCUGAGCGACCUCCGGGACGGCCUCGAGCGGCUCCAGAGGGAGCUGGAGGAGCUGCGGGGCCAGGGACACGCCCAGGGCGGGGCUGAACACGCCCAGGGCGGAGCUGGACACGCCCAGGGCGGAGCUGGACACGCCCAGGGCGGAGCUGGACACGCCCAGGGUGGGGCUGGACACGCCCAGGGUGGGGCUGGACACGCCCAGGGCGGGGCUGGACACGCCCAGAGAACCUCAGGACACGCCCCCACCCAAGCUGUGAAUGGCGCUGACCCCGCCCCCUCGGGCUCUGGACACGCCCCUGUCGCGACAGGCCACACCCCCACGCAUUAAAGCGCUUCCGUGUUCUGCC